AUGAAGGCGUCCAUAUACCUCCUCUCACUGACGGCCAGUACUCUUGGGGCGUCACUGGGGACGUUUUACGAGUCUGGAGAUGGCCAGAAAGUAUUACCCGGACCCUUCGACGAGGUUGUGCUUAAUGGACAAACUUUCGACGCCAGUCCGGCUGCCACAAGUGGCUUUAGUUUGGACUUGGCUGAGAAACGACUUGUUCAAAUGGAGGGUAAGGAUCCGGUAUGGAUCACCGAGCUCGAGAAGAUUGAAGCGAGAGCCAAUGGCAUUCGGUUCUUUGACAUAACGGAUACACCCACGCUUGGACUCCUUGCCAAGGUGCAGAGAUCAUGGACAUACCCUACGCCGACCGCAUACACACAAGUCACGAGCGUUAUAAAGACCCUGACCACCGAAGGCCCUCGCGCAAUGUUGGAGAAGUUCACCAGCUUUAGGACAAGACGUAGGUCCUCUUCCUAUCACGAAGGCCAGCAAAGUCAAAAGUGGCUACUGUCUCAAAUCCAGAGGAUCACAGCUGAAACAGCGAGCCCCGAGCUACAGGAACUCAUUACCAUCAAUGAAUUUCCCCAUCCUUGGGGACAGCACACCAUCAUAGCGAGGAUUAACGGAUCAAAUUCUGCAGAGGAGGGUAUUGUUGUCAUUGGUGCUCACCAGGACAGCACGAAUAUGUGGCCAUUUUUAGCUGCACCAGGUGCUGAUGACGACGGGUCGGGUACUGUCACUAUUCUUGAGUCUUAUCGUGCUCUUCUGGCUGCGGGCUUCACGCCAAAGCGCACUGUUGAAUUUCAAUGGUAUUCUGCAGAGGAGGGUGGUCUUCUUGGAUCACAGGCGGUUGCGAAAUCAUAUGAAGCUGAAGGAAUUCAGGUCUAUGCAAUGAGUCAGUUUGACAUGACUGCAUGGGUUAAAGCAGGCACGCGAGAAGAGAUAGGCGUGAUUACUGAUUAUGUUGAUGAUAUGUUGACUGCGUUCAACAAGGACCUUAUCGACGCAUAUCUAUCUGUGCCAUACGUUGAGACCAAAUGUGGAUAUGCGUGCUCGGACCAUGCGUCGUGGAGGAAGGCUGGAUACCCGGCUAUCUUCACUAUAGAAUCCUCCUUCGCGCACGCAAACCAUGCCAAUAUCCACACCUCCCAUGAUCGUAUUGAUAUUUCUCCGGAGUUCUCCUUCGAUCACAUGUUGGAAUUCUCCAAGUUGGCAGUUGCCUUUGCAAUUGAGCUUGCUGGAUGGGAGACUGCCUAA